GGAAGGUUUUAAAGUAUGAUGUCACUCUGAUUUGCCGGCCCUAUAUCCCUGAAAACAGUGAAACACAAAUUAAAGAUAAGACCACAAAUGAAUGAAUGACUGCUCUAACUAUGGAUGAACCUGGAGACCAAGGUUCAAUGCCUCCAGAUGAGUUAUCUAAACCUGAAACCAAAGUUCCUAAACCCAGUGAUGAUACGAACCCGGAGAAAUCCAACCCUGUACUAAAUCAACCAGAAUCAGCAGAUUCGGCAAAAUCAGCCAAAUCACCUGAAGAUUGGGAAGAAUCAGCCAAAUCUAAUGAAGUAACUGAAAUAACUGAUGCAAACCAUAAAGAUGAUGAAAAUGAAUCUGGAAAAGCAUUUUCAGGAGAAAUCUUGUAUAAUCCUGAUGGAAGUGCGUAUAUACUAGAGGAGAGAGAACUGAUAAACCAGGUUCCAAGACAGGAAGGAUCCUUUAUCCAGAGCUCAGGAUCAAACCUAAGUCAGGUCGACUACCCUAGGAUUGAACAGGCAGUGUAUAUUGCUAAAAGGCAGGCCUGGUAUAGUGCGAUGGGAUCAGCUUAUCUAAGAAUGUUGAAGGAGAAGGUCGGAGCUCCGGAGGUUCACUCCUUCAAGGUGUUUUCUAUCCAGGAGCAGCUUAUAAGGAGAACCAAUUCUUCAGAAGGAGAGAAAGAGGAUGAAGGAAGAACCAAUGAGAGACCAAUCCUAAUGUGUUUCCCAUGCAAACUCUCAUUCACCCUCUCCAGACCCUUCCUCAACCACUGUGAGCAGGAACACAGCGUUAACCUGACCCAGGAGGAGAAGGAUAUGUUUAAGAGAAGCUCCGGUAUUCUCCAAUCUGUAGGUUUGGAUAAAUCUCCACUUCUCUCCGUUCUUGAACCCCAAAGAGAAGUGAAUGAACCCUAUCCUCCGCUAAUAGAUCUGGAGAAAACUGUGGAUGAAGAUAUUGACGAGAAACCUGUUCUGGUUCCCUACUUAUCCAACCUACUGGAGACCCUGAAGAUGAACGGACCUGGAGGAAAUUCUGCUGAUCCAUCCUUCCUAGCAAUGAUGUCCGGUCUGAAUCCGAACCUUCCACCAACCAAUGCCAGUCAGCUCCAGGGUACAACCAUAGGUCCUUGUCCCGACCACGUUACGGGAAGACAGCCAGGAGUUGAAUGUGAAAAAUGUGAUUUUAUCCUGAAUUCGUUCCGACUCGGAGACCCAAGCUGGACCCAACAAAGAGGGAUUUUCAAGACCCUAAAAUGCCCCAAGUGUAACUGGCACUAUAAAUACCAAGAAACACUGGAAGUUCACAUGAAAGAAAAACACCCUGAUGCUGAAAACUCAUGUAUCUACUGUAUCACAGGACAGCAGCAUCCCCGUCUUGCCCGGGGAGAAACCUAUACCUGCGGAUACAAACCCUACAGAUGUGAAGUUUGCAACUACUCAACCACAACCAAGGGUAACCUCUCAAUCCACAUGCAGUCAGACAAGCACAUCAACAACAUGCAGGAGUUACAAAACGGGGGCGUAAUCACAGCCCCCGACGGGACGAAGAUCACCCAAGCAGCACUUGCACAGAUGCCCAUGGGACAACGACUCAACGCCAACCAUACGUUUCAACCUCAAAACUGGCGCUGCGAUCUUUGCAAUUAUGAAACCAACAUUCCUAGAAACCUCCGAAUUCAUCUGACCAGUGACAAGCAUGUUCAGAACAUGGCCUGCAUGUCGGAGAAUAUGAAACAAAUUCAAAACUUCCAGUUUCUCCAAACCCUGGCCGGAGGUAAACCUGAGUUUCCUCCGCACCUUCCUCCCAACCCGCUCUCCGACAUGAUGAUGGAGAUGUCUCAGAACCCGGCCCUGCUCUUCCAGUUCCUCAAGAACAGUCAACCCCUGCCCUUGAUGGAGGGUGUUGAACCCCACGAGCCUCCUCCUGAACCCGUGGAUCCGAACCCCAGUUUUCUCUUUAACUGCUGCAUCUGCCGCCAGUUCUCCACCAACUCGAUAGAAUCUCUCUCCUGUCACGUGAACCUGGAUAGAUACUCGGAGCCGGAUACAGAAAUUUCAAUCCUCCUAGGCGGAGUUCAUCUUUGCAAGCUCUGCUCGUAUAAAACUAAUCUGAAAGCAAAUUUUCAACUUCAUCUCAAAACUGACAAACAUCUUGCCCGCCUGUCCUUAUUAAAUCAUAUUCGAGAGGGCGGUUCAGGGAACGAGUGGAAACUAAAAUAUCUACUGGGAACUAACCCUGUCCAGCUGAGAUGUAACUGUUGUGAUUUCUACACCAACUCCUUGCAUAAACUACAGGUUCACAUCCAGACUCAAGCUCACGAGGUUUCUUUGAUCCUGUUCCAUCAUCUGGUAUCAUCUGAACAGCAGUUAGAACAGGACGCAACAUUCUCCUGUUCUCUCUGUACUUUCUCAACUCGGAGUAAAUCGUUGCUCCUCCAGCAUUCUCGAACCUUGUCGCAUCUCAGAGCGGAGCAGAUUGGGGAACUUCGGCGGUUAUCUGGAGGUGAGGAUGGCGGAGAACAACCGGAUGUGGCGGAUAUAUUUACUGUAACACCGGCAGAUAACAAAGAUUCAGAACUCAGAGACAGGACGGAGUCAAAGGACGGAGAAUUCAAGGACAGAAUAACAGACGUUGAAGUCCUUUGUCCUAUUUGUCAGGAAAAAGUUGGUGAUUUCAAUGAUCUGGUGAGUCAUGCAAUGCAGGCGCACCAGCUGGGUAGAUCAGAGCUUCAUAGACUGCUUAUCCUGGCUGAGGGUGGAAGUAUACUCAACAAGUUCAGAUUGGAUCCAAGUAUGAGAACUCCACCAAAGGACCCCGAAAGCUCCAGGAUGGAGCAGGAUCAGGAUACAGAACCUAUAGAGAACCUUGGAUCCCCCAUCGGAGCUAUCUCCGAGAAGCAUGUUUACAAAUAUAGGUGUAACCAGUGCAGUCUAGCCUUCAAAACUCAGGAGAAGCUUGAGUUUCACUCCAGAUACCAUCAGAUCCGUGAUACAACUAAAUGUAAACUUUGCGAUAGAAGUUUCCGUAGUGUUGGCUCUCUUCUUAAACAUGUUGAGUCCGGUCAUCUAGAUGGAAACCAGGAGGAUAUUGAACAAUACUCUCAGCAGAUUAGAGCAACUCUGCUCCUCGUCCCUCAACAAGCACUGGAGAUAACUCACGACAAAGAGGAGGAUGAGGAGGAUAAGAUAAGCAGAGAUAUCUCCGAUGUAAAAAAGAAAAUAGAAAAAACUUCUUAUUCCGUGGAAAAAUUCAUGGAUCCUAGGAGACCAUUCAAGUGUGAUGUUUGUAAAGAAUCUUUUACACAAAAGAACAUACUUCUAGUACAUUUCAACUCUGUAUCUCACCUUCACAAAAUGAAAAAGUUUCUAAAAGAAAAUCAGGAGAAUCCAAACAACCUUACCCCCCAGUCUGAAGGAGGAUCUCCCAGCAGCCCCUUGGCUCCAGGAAGUACCCUAAUGUCAGUCCUGGGUAGUCUCAAUGCUAAAAAACAAUUGGAACCAGAUAACGAGCUUAAACCAUACAAAUGUAACAUUUGUCAGGUAUCCUAUGCCCAAGGUUCAACUCUUGAUAUCCAUAUCAGAUCAGUUCUACAUCAUACUAGAGCUAACAAGCUCCAAGAGUUGGUUAUGACUGGUCAUGUGGAUUUGAGCAAGCCUCUGAUAGAAAACCCUGAUAAUGCAGACGAGGCCAAUAACUCUGAAAUAGAACUGUUUAGUCCAAAAUCAUUGUCCUCUAAUAAUUCCAUUCAAAGAACUCCAAAUCCUGAUCGAGAUAUUUCUUCAUACGGACCUUUAAGCUCUACACCAAAAUCUCUCUCACAAAUGUUUGAAAAGGUGAGCAAUGAGUCAACCAAGGAAGAUAGCAUAAAUGGACAAGAUUCAUCCAUUAAUCACUUUGAAAACUCUGAGUCACCAAGCUCUAAUUCAGAUACUCAGUCAUUCAAUUCUCUACCUGAUGAUAAGAAGUCCUCCAUUAUGUUAAAAAGUUUACUUCAGAACUAUGGAUUCGAACUUGUGAUGCAGUUUAACGAAAGUCACCAAAAGAUUAAACUUGAGAAAGAAAGAUUAAGGAUAGAACAAGAGAAAGAAGAAUUUAAAAGAAAGGAGUCCCCUGAGGAAAACAAGGUUGAUGAACGUUUUCAACAACCAAAGGAAUCUGAGUGUCCUAUGUGCUCUGAGAAGUUUUCAAGCAUCAAGGACCUGAAAGCCCACUCAGAGGAAAAGCAUGAUGUUGUCAUAGCACAGGAGUUUGAGGAGGAAAUUAAAUCCAACUCUGAAAACCAGGAAAAAGAUGAAAGUUCCAAGAUCUCUCCAGAUGAAGUAAUACUGGUUGAAAAAGAUGCUUUAAAUGAUGUUUCUAGCAUCACAGAUGAACAUGAAAAGUCCAAUAAUAAACCAGAUGUGGAUGAAAAAGACAAUGAUGAGCUUAACCCUUUCCAACAAGCUUUCAAAGCAUUUAAAGAGCAUGAAGCCAAGCUUCUAAACAAUCCUAACCUCCAGAACAUGAACCUUCACCCUCCUCUCAUACCUGGAAUACUACCCAAGCUGCCUGGAAAUCAGCUAAAUAAUCAGAACCAUACCUCUCCGUUUGAAAACCAAAUAUUCUCCAAGCUAGGAAUAAACCCUGAUGUUGUAAGACAGGCUGGACUUGAUCCAAAACUUCUCAUACAUUUAGCUCUUAUUGAUCCAAAAUCUGCAAUGGAUCCCAGGAUGUUAUCUAUGUUUGAUACCCAGGCAAAAGAAACUGAAUUUCCCAACAAGAAAAUGAUGCAGUUGGCUCUAGAGAGUAAGCUUGGUAUGAUGCCUAAUCUACCCCAGGGUUUCCCAGGGGCUGCAGAGCUCCUUCGAAUGAACCAACAACAUUAUGAUGCAGUAUCUAGGCGGGCUAGAACUAGAAUUACAGAUGAUCAGCUCAAGGUAUUGCGUGCAAACUUUGACAUAAACAAUUCUCCUUCUGAAGAACAAAUAAACAACCUGUCUUUGAAAACUUACCUGCCGCCAAAAGUAAUCAAACAUUGGUUCAGAAAUACUCUAUUCAAGGAACGUCAGAGAAAUAAGGAUUCUCCAUAUAACUUUAAUAAUCCUCCAUCAACAAUGCUAAACUUGGAGGAAUAUGAGAAAACCGGAGAGUCAAAAGUUAUUUCUUUAAAUUCUGAGGAGCAGAGACAAUAUGCUGACGAAAAUACAAAAUACAGAGAAAAUGAGGAAAAGAACAACUCACAGGAGACAGAAAGUGAAAAGUCUGAUCAAGAGGAUUCUGGACAUUUUGAAAUCAAGAAGGAGAAUGAAUUUAUGAGAGAUGAAGAAAUGAAUAAGAUAGAUGAGUUUAGAAAGCUACAAAUGUCCCUGGCACUCAGGGUCUCAGUUUCACCAGAUAAUGGAAACCCAAAUGGAAAAUCCUUUGAUGGAAUAUUCUCUCCUCAGAUGAAUACUGGAGAUAGGCAUCCUUUACUUCAGAGUCCAUUACCGCCAGGAUUUCCAAACCCGCUUGGAUUCCUCCCUGUUCCUGGUCAUCUUGGACCAAACUUCUUCAAUGGGUUUGGAGGAUUUCGCAACCCUUCUCCCCUUAGUGAUCCUCAUGGAUACAAUCAUUCUGCUGCAGCAAAGCGAGCUAACAGAACUAGAUUCACUGACUACCAAAUCAAAGUACUUCAAGAGUUCUUUGAAAACAAUGCCUAUCCAAAGGAUGAUGAUCUUGAGUACCUCUCCAAGCUGUUAGGCCUCAGUCCAAGGGUUAUAGUUGUUUGGUUCCAAAAUGCUCGACAAAAAGCACGGAAGAUUUAUGAAAACCAACCUGCUGUAGAGUCAGAGGAAGAUGGAGCUGGUAGGUUUACUAGGACUCCAGGGCUCAACUACCAGUGUAAGAAAUGUCUCUUGGUAUUUCAACGCUACUAUGAGCUAAUACGACAUCAGAAGCAGCACUGCUUUAAAGAGGAAGAUGCCAAAAGAUCAGCACUGGCUCAGAGAGCUGCUGCCACAGCAGCUGCUCAGUUUGUUGGUCAAGCAAAUGUUAGCCUAGGCUCUAUGUCAGUUCGAAGUGAUUCUGAAAAUGAAUCAAUACUCCGAGAGCAGAAUGUUGUCUCUCCUAUAUCCUCUAUUGAAGGUCAAUCUGGUUAUGAAAACAGUCCCAGAAACUCAGCGGCAAUGUCCCCAAUCCAGAAGUUAAUUGAAGACAGUAAAAAUAUUGGAACAAUAUUUGAAAAGAGAAACCAGGAGGACAGAGUCAUGAAAUAUCUAAACGAGGCACAAAUCAAUUUGAUGACAAGGUAUCCAGCAAACUCCCAUCUGGCAUUUUUGCAAAAGCAAGGCUUAUCAGAUAUUGAAGACCAAUCCAAUGACAGUUUUGUGAAUAUGGGAAUGAAAAGGAAGCUAUCAGAGGAAAAUGACGAAAUAGAAAGAGAUGAAAAUGGGCAACCAAAAGAUAAAAGACUGAGAACCACAAUAUUGCCUGAGCAGCUUGACUACUUGUAUCAGAAAUAUCAGAUUGAGAGCAAUCCCAGCAGAAAAAUGCUAGAGCAGAUUGCAGCAGAAGUCGGACUAAGAAAACGUGUGGUCCAGGUGUGGUUUCAGAACACCAGAGCUCGGGAAAGAAAGGGCCAAUUUCGGGCUCAUCAGCAAGUUAUUAACAAAAGAUGUCCUUUCUGUCCUGCUCUCUUUAAGGUUAGAUCUGCACUAGAAUCCCAUCUUGUCACAAAGCACUCUAGCCAGUAUACUAGAGGGGAGAUCAACAUAGAUGCUUUACCAGAUGCAGGAGUAGAGGAACCACAGCUGAACAUGCUGGGACGAUCUACCUUGUUCCCGAGUGUUCCAUGCCCCUCUAGUCCUCCACAGUUACCUCCUCUUAUUCCUAACCAGGACAAAUCAUCUGAAUUUGAGGCAUCCAUGCGUAAAUAUUAUGAAGAGACAAUGAAACAGUUCAUUUCCGAUGUAAAGUUGAGUCAGCAGAAUUCAUCUGUACAGGAAUCAAGAAUUUAUGAGAAAAACAGUGAGGCAUUGGAUCUCUCCUCCCCGCCACUGCGGCAAGAGGAUACAGGGGAAGAAAACAAAAACCUGGCUAGUGACAGGGACAGCCAAUCAUCUCCAGUCAGUGGAAUUGACAGUCAAAUCUAUGAAUAUGAAGAUGAGAAUGGAAUGACAUUGUCAUCAAAUUAUUCCUUUGAUUCACAAAACUACGACUCAAGAAAGAAGUUCCGAACUCAGAUCUCCCACACCCAAGUUAAGAUGAUGAAGUGUGUGUUUGAGGAGUGUAAGAUGCCAACUAUGACCGAGUGUCAUCUUUUGGCGGAUUUUAUCGGUCUGCAAAAGCGUGUUGUCCAGGUCUGGUUCCAGAAUGCCCGGGCAAAGGAGAAGAAAAUCAAGCUUCACCUAAACCUUGGAGCAGGGAGUGAAGAGUCGGAAUCUACUGAAGUUAAAGAUUCUGUAUGCAAAUUCUGUAAAUGCCAAUAUGAAAACAAAUACAAGGUGCAAGAACAUUUAUUUGACAGGAAUCACCUCGAGAAUGUUCGGAAGGCACUAGAGGAGGGAAAGUAUGAGCCUGAGAAUCCAGGGGGGUCUACAAACCUCUCGGAGAAAUUGAGUAAACCCAACCCAGAUUUGGGGUCUAAUAAACCCUUCAACUAUGAAGAAACUCAGCCACACCGUCCUGAGGAAAAUAUUGUAAAUUCGGCAAAUCAGGAAAAACAAAGUAAUCAUUUUGUCAAUGAUCAGAGUGUUUAUAACAACCCUCAACAACAACAACCACAACAACAUUAUAGAACAGACCAACAAAACUUUAAUUUCCCCCAGCAGCCGAAGUAUUACCCUGAGCAUCAUAAUUUCCGGCCGACUCCGCCAUAUCCCCAGCAUCAAGAAUACAACCAGGGAUAUUGCCAGAACCAGAUUGGAUAUCCAGGUUCAGGAUAUCCUCCCUACACUCCGGGAUAUGGAGCUGGAUACAACCCAGGAUAUAACGGAUAUCCUUACCAACCUGGAGUACAGAACUAACCCUUUCCAGGUUAACCCCAGUAUUGAACUCCCAAAUGUGCAAUAUGUAUGAAUAUCCUCCUAGAAAUGGGCUGGAUUUGAAAACAAUGUUCCUAUUCUCUUUUAUCAUGUGUCUUCUUCAAAACUACGAACCCGGUGCAAAACUAAACCUAAUGUUCCUAAACUGUUUGCAAGCAACCUAGAAGCAACCUAUAUUUGUAUAGAGAUAAUCCCAUUUUUAAAAUUCCAUUAUUUUCAUAUUUUUAUCAAGCAGUCAUGACAUUUUUCUGUUCCUUUAAACUUCAAAUUUUCAUUUUUGAAAAUUCAUCAUUCCGGAAGCAUUUAUCAUUAAAAUUAAUAAUU